UUCUACCUGAUUUACAGGACUCGAACCCCUCCGCGCCUCCCGCCCCCCACCUUCGCCCCCGCCGCUCCCUUAACAAAAGUCUCUCCAUCUUAUUCUCUUUUGGGAGAAACCAAUCAAUCUCAUUCGCCUCCCAACGAAAGUCAAAUACAACGAAGGAAAAAAAAAACAAAAAAAAUAACGAAUCCCAUCCUUAUCAAGAUGUCCACCCCGCGCUUCUCCCCCACCACUACAACCGUCGUCUUCGUCCUCGGCGGCCCCGGCAGCGGCAAAGGCACGCAGUCUGCCAACCUCGUCCGCGACUACGGCUUCACUCACUUGUCAGCCGGAGACCUGCUCCGCGCCGAGCAAGUCCGCGAAGGGAGCCAAGCCGGCGAGCUCAUCCGCACCUACAUCCGCGAGGGCAAGAUUGUGCCCAUGGAGAUCACCGUCAAGCUGCUGUCCGACGCCAUGGCCGAGACCCUGGCCGCCGGCACGAACCCGGCCGCCAGUGCAGGCAGCAAGCCUCGCUUCCUGGUGGACGGCUUCCCGCGCAAGCUCGACCAGGCCGUCUUCUUCGAGGACACGGUCUGCCCCUCCGAGAUGACCCUCUUCCUCGACUGCCCCGAGGAGGUGAUGGAGGCCCGCCUCCUCAAGCGCGGCGAGACCAGCGGUCGCGACGAUGAUAACGCCGAGAGCAUUCGCAAGCGCUUCCGUACCUUUGUCGAAACGAGUAUGCCCGUCGUCAAGGCCUUUGCGGCCCAGGGUAAGGUGGUCUCCGUGAAAGCUACCGGCGAUGUCGGAGACGUCUAUGAGAGGAUUCGGGCGGGGCUCCGCGAGAAGGGUCUGAACCCCCUGUGAGUUUCGUUAGGAGAAUGGGCGAUGGGUUGCAGAGAUUCCAGGACUUGUUUAACAGUCCCUU